UCCAAUUGGAAACUUCUAACCGUACGUGGAAAUAUAAACCACAGACACAAAAGGAACAGAAAGAAAAGGAAGAUUGGUUUGUCUAGAGAUGUUAGAUCUGUUCACUAUAUUCACCAAGGGCGGUAUAGUCCUCUGGUACUUCCAACCUACAGCCUCUACUCUCACCUCCGCUGUCAAUGCUCUCAUCAAGUCUGUCAUUCUACAGGAGCGGGGAGGAGUGAGCGCGUACAACCACGACAGUCUCACACUCAAGUUCCGGCUGGACAAUGAAUUUGAACUCGUUUUUGUGGCUGUGUACCAGAGGAUUAUCAAACUGUCUUACGUAGACAAAUUAUUGGAUCAAGUGUCCCUCGAGUUUAGAGACCGCUACAAGAACGAGGUGUCCAGCGGAUCAUUCCGGAAGGUCAACUUUGACAACACCUUCAAGUUACUACUGACAACGCUGGAAGAUGAAACUCGACAAGAAUCUCUCAAGCCAAAGCAGAUGAGAGCAUUUCAACCGAAGACUGACGGUCUUCUGCUGAGUCAACCGGCGGACGUUCCCCCGCCUGUCGUCUUGGAUGCCGUAGAGGAAGUAGCAAAGGAGGCAAUAGACGACAACAAAAAGAACAUCGUACUCGCAAAACUGGGAACUCGAGGGAGGGGCAAGAAAAUAGCCAAAAAGAUUCCUGUUGCGAAGAGCUCUCCUCGAGCGGAGACAAUAAAGAGGGAAAAGAAGAACACGAAAUGGGAGGGUGUGGUCAGCAAAGAGGAGGCGGCCAGUCUCGACAGAUCCGACCAAUCAGAAGCACCGGAAUUCACCCACCAUUCUGCUAAUGUUGACUUUGCUCCUGUGGGGAACAUGAGGAGUGUAGAGCCACUCAAAAUAUCAGAGUCAGCAGCUACAAAGGCCAAAUCAGAAAGUGGGGGCGGUAUAUUCUCAGUGUUCACCAGUCUUGGAGUGGGUAAGACCAUCACUCGAGAGUCAAUGGCUGCUCCACUAGACAAGAUGAAGGACCAUCUAAUCACUAAGAACGUAGCGUCGGCCAUCGCAGAGAAACUUUGCGAUUCUGUGGCUACUAAAUUAGAAGGGAAAAUCAUCGGAACUUUCACUGGGGUCAAGUCCACAGUGAGAGCGAGUAUGGAGGAAUCACUCAUGCAGAUCUUGCGGCCGAAACGUCGUAUUGAUAUACUGAGAGAUGUAGAGGAGGCAGCGGACAAGGGACGGCCGUACGUCAUCACGUUCUGUGGGGUCAACGGGGUCGGCAAGUCUACCAACCUUGCCAAGAUAGCCUUCUGGUUGCUUGAGAAUGAUCACCGAGUUUUAAUCGCCGCAUGUGACACGUUUCGCUCUGGAGCAGUGGAGCAGUUGCGCACUCACACCUCUCAUCUCUCCACACUACACCCAACACCCGAGGGAGAACCACCUAAAAUACAACUCUUCCAUCAGGGGUACAACAAGGACUCUGCCGGUGUUGCCAUGGAAGCUAUACACGUCGCUCGUACCCAGGGAUGUGACGUGGUCCUAGUGGACACUGCCGGGAGGAUGCAGGAUAAUGAACCACUCAUGAGGUCACUGGCUAAGUUGAUUCGUGUCAACUGUCCUGACUUGGUCCUAUUCGUGGGUGAGGCUCUAGUGGGAAACGAGGCAGUCGAUCAGCUGUACAAGUUCAACAGGGCCCUCACCGAUCACUCAGAAGGGGAUGGAGUCACGCAAAUCAUCGACGGCAUUCUCCUCACCAAGUUUGAUACCAUUGAUGAUAAGGUGGGUGCAGCUAUCUCUAUGACGUACACGACCGGGCAGCCGAUAGUGUUUGUGGGCACAGGACAGAGGUACACUGACCUGAAGAGUCUGAAUGCAUCAGCUGUAGUGUCACUACUGCUCCAGUGAAAGGAUAUACAUGUAUUGAGUAGUAACUUAGUUGAUAUAGUAGUCACGUAUUAGUUAGUUCACUAUAGCUUGAAUGUAAGUGAAAGAGGAAAAAAGAAACUAUAGUUGACAGAACAAUGGACAGCUAGUGUAGUAGAGCUUCAAUUGUGUAAUUUGAUCUCAAGAUGUGUGCAUAUACUUUCGUAUUUGCUAAUGACUGCAUAUAAUUG